GGAGGGACCUGCUCUUGUCGUGAGCUACGUGCAGAGUUCACAUCUACCACCAAAUAUCUCAAUCGACCAUCCCAUGAAGACGUAUAUCAGGGGCGCGAAUUUACUUUCUGUUUUAUGAGCAUCAGUUAACUUGCAGCCUGCGAUGCUUGUGUUUAUACGAUCAUUGAUUUGUUAAUAAUGCGUACGAUUUGUGCACAUUUAAAGGCUUGAUUUGAUUUAUUUAUGGUCGGUUGUUAGAAGAAGGUAGAAUAGAAGUGUGUUAUAUUGCGGAGGCGCAGAAUUUGAGCUCUUUCUGUUUGGGUUUGUGAUCGAGCAGGAGGGAGGAGUGGCGGAGAAACGGCUGGCUCCUGAAUUCUGAAUCCUGCCUAAAAUCCACAAAGAUGAUAUAUCUGCCAGUGUUAUCCAUGACCUCAGAUUUGCAGCAUUACAGUUUCAGGAUGCCGAAUAUAGGGUUCCAGAACCUUCCCCUCAAUAUCUACAUUGUGGUCUUUGGGACGGCCAUUUUCGUCUUCAUCCUCAGCCUACUCUUCUGCUGUUACCUGAUUCGGUUACGGCACCAGGCACACAAAGAGCUCUAUGCAUACAAGCAGGUUAUUCAAAAGGAAAAGGUCAAAGAAUUAAACUUGCAUGAGAUUUGUGCGGUGUGUUUGGAGGAAUUCAAGCAGAAAGAUGAGUUGGGAAUCUGCCCUUGUAAACAUGCCUUUCACAGAAAGUGCCUUAUUAAAUGGCUGGAGGUGAGGAAAGUAUGCCCGCUGUGCAACAUGCCGGUCUUGCAGCUGGCGCAGCAGCAGAGCAUGUCCGAAUCUGUGCCCCCAAUGCAGCAGCCUCUGCCCGGAGUGGAGAACCUGGUGUAGCUCCUCCUGUUUCUCCUAAAAAUGUGACCACCACUACCUUCACACUCCCUCCUGUACAGGUACACGCUCCUAUCCAAGGACAGAGCGCAGGAUUUGUGCCCGGAGCCACGGUGACCUAUGUCCUGCCUUGGUGGCUUUACAAAGGAUUUUUUUUCCAAAUUACAAUAAUAGAUGAAUUACUCAGUCUGUCUUAUUUGGGUUUAGCUUUUUUUUUCCUAUGGGAUAAUGAAGAAGAAUUGAGUUUACUUGGCCAAGCCAUGAUUAAAGUAACCGUUCCACACCAAAGCACUUUUUUAAAGACACCAGUGAGAGGCAAAUAAAAGACAAGGACUAAAAAAAAUUACAUUAAAAAUACAUUAGAAAAACAGAAACUACUUUUUUUAACUAAAAUUUUUUUUUUUUAACAAGCACUUUACACAAAA